AUGUGGGGAGCUCUAGGCGCCGAAGACACCAUCCUCAUCGUGGACGAUUCGGCCGCAGUGCACGCGCCGCAGCUGCUCGUCCCGCGGCGCUACCACUUUUUCGACGCGUCCGCCGCCCGCGACCGCAACACCGACCGAUCGCGGGGGCCGCCGCGAGGGCUGCUCUCCCGCGGCAAGGACGCGUCUGCGGAGCGCGGGCAGUUCUGGCCGACGUAUUUCGACGAGUCUGCGGAGCGCGGGCAGCUCGCGGCGCUGCAGCGCGCGCUGACGGCGAUCCACGCCGCCUACUUUGAGCGGACGGCCGAGCGCCACUACGCGUGGCGGCUCGCCGUCGAGCUCGGCGCGGCCGUCUCGGCCACCGCCACCGACGCGGUGACUCACGUGGUGGCCGGCGCCGCGGGGACCGACAAGGCGCGCUGGGCCGCCUCGCGCGGCAAGGCCGUCGUCGGGCUCGAGUGGCUGCUGGAGUGCGGCUACUUGUGGCGGCGCGAGCCGGAGAAGGCCUACCCCCCGCCGGCGGUGCCUUCCGACGCGGCGCCACUGGGGCUCUCGCGCGAUACCCUGCCGCCGCCAAGGGUAGGCUGA